AUGGCGCCAAACAUCGUCCCGAUCCUCACGUGCUUUGACGGAGACCGAUGGAUGAUUUACUGGCGAAACGAGGAUAACAUCUUGGGUGUCACAAAUCUCUUCGACUUGGUCUACGAGAAAAAUGUGAGCCGCGACGAGAAAGCCACCAUACUCAACGUCGCGAAAACUCUUGCCGAUAAAUCGUGGAUUGAAUUUAUGUGUGCGGAGGGAUGGCAGAUCACAAAAGCCGACGAUUCUUUAGCGAAAGUUGGCAUUGAGCUUCUGAUUCAACGUGCUUCCUGGAGUCCGGAGAAAAAGAAGCCCGAAGUAUCAAAAUCAGAAGCAACACAAGCAGCUCCUCCAGGAAAAGGACGUCGCGCAGCUCAGCAAAGGCGAUUGCUUGGUUUGAAUGAUUGGGACGAUGAGGAGCAAAAUAUAGUCGACGAGAAAGCGGAAAUUCCCAAAGAGCAACCAAAAGAAUCGACGCCCAAGCCAGAGAAAGCCACAGGAGAGCAGAAUCGAAAAGAAGAGGAGAAGCCCACGUCAAGUCGAGUCGCGCAAGCACCGACGAAGCUUCUCGGCAAAAGGUCACGCAAGCCAGCUCAAAGAGAACGAAACGCUUCAUCGGCAGAAUUCAUGGACGAUGAAGUCGAAUUGGGAAGUCUGGUCAAAGAGGUUUCUACGAAGAAAACGCUCAAGAAGAAAAACGGGAAUGCAGCUGGA